AUGAGGCAUCAACGAGAUCAUCACAUAUUUCUUAUGCACUUCUUGAUGAUUUUCAUACAUUUUUUUUUCAAUCUCUAUUCAAGAUCGGUUUUCUUUGACAAAUUACACAAAAUGCUUUUAGAUUCUGUUUCUGUACUUCCACUCACUUCUGAUCCUUCUUCCAUAUACUAUAUUCAUCCUUCUGAUACAAGUUCUCAACUAGUUUCUAUAAAAUUUAAAGGAGAUGGUUAUGGUGAUUGGAGGAGAUGUAUGUUGAUUGCACUUUCUGCAAAGAACAAGGUUGCGUUUGUUGAUGGUUCCUUGCCUAAACCUAGUUCUGAUUUUGUUGAGUGCAAACCAUGGGAGAGAUUUAAUGAUUUGAUCAUCUCCUGGCUUUUGUUCAACUUGGAUACAACCAUUGCCAAGUCUGUCUUAUAUUCCAAUAUAGCUAGGGAAAUCUGGAAGGACCUAGAGGAUAGGUAUGGGCAAACCUCAGGGCCACAAUUAUAUGCUCUAGAACAUCAAUUGUCUGAAAUUGCUCAAGGCAUACAGAAUAUUGCAGAAUUUUACACUAGUAUCAAGAGAAUUUGGGAUGAGAUCCACUCCGUCUAUCCGCUUCCUUCUUGCAUUUGCAAUCUUACUCAGAAAAUACACAAGAUGCAACAAGAACAAAGGUUGAUACAAUUUCUCAUGAAGUUGAGUGAUGACUUCAGUAAUGUCAGAAGCAAUGUGCUAAUGAUGCAGCCAUUGCCCUCAGUGAACCAAGCCUAUAGGCUUCUUGUUCAAGAACAAUAA